AUGGCAAGCGAACAGGUUAUGAGCCCAAGAAGGGAAGGAAACGAAGACACCAACGCAGCACAGGCGCCGCUGGCAACCGGUCACGAAAGGGCCGCGGCCGCGCCUGCUACGGUCGUCUUUCCCAUUGCUUACGCAAGGAGCGCGGAGCCUGACGCACUGGCGAGGGUUCUCGAGAUGCUCACGGGCAUGGACUUGCGAAUGCAGAAGAUGGAAGCGUUCCAAGCACGCAUGGAUGAAGACGAGCGCAUGCGCGGCUCUCAAAAGAUUGGGCUGUACCGACCAGAGCUUGGGCAGACUUUGCAGGAUGACUCCAUGUAG